AAUAGACCACCUGCAGUGGCACCAUUCUCUCUACCAGGCCCCUAAUUAAUCAUGAAAACGUCAAAGUCGUUACUCAGCUCGGUGCCAUGGACAAGCCAACUUCAGAGACAGAGAAACUCCAUGCAGCCUACUGCCCUCCCCUGGACGACGCAGUCUUCUAUGCAAUCGCCUCAGACUACGAACUUCCCCAAGACCGAGAUGCCCUGAUUCAGGUUCUAGAAACAUUAAAGGGCAGUGCGCUUGAACAACAAACCGCCGAUUUUGAUCCUUCUGGCACAGGAGGUCCGGCAUAUGCUAUUAGAGAUGGUACUGGAACUUCGACUUCCAACCGGGAAGAUACGUUCUCAAAUGAGGUCACGAGCAUAACAACCGGUCUGUCUGAUCUACGAUGCGGAACAACCGACAAUAUCGACCGUCAGCUUGAUGGCUCCACUCUCGAGCAAAAGACAACAUGGCUGCUCAAAAUUUUCCCUGACAUACCCGAGCGCGAACUCGUCAGUAUCCUACAAAGUCACGAUGGUGCCCUGGACAAGGCUACGGAUGAACUGCUCAAUUUGUCAUUUCUGAAACAAGGUCCCGAGGACUCUAAUGAGGAUAGACCCGUCUUCAAGAGUGUUGACGCAUUCGCCGAGGGGAUGCAACCGAGUCGUAAGGGCAGGAAAAAGAAGAAGGCCAAAACCAACGAUUCAUCACGUGCAAGUUCAGUAUCGGUUUCAAAGUAUGAAGCAGAAUAUUCACCAGUGAAUGUAUGGUCUACCAUGUCUGAGGAUGUAGAUUUUAUCUGCUCCAGGACUAGCCUUCACCCGCAGACGGUGAGAUCGGUCUACCAUGAGAGUGGCGCUCGUCUCUCAGCCACGAUAACCGCGUUAGCAACGAGGGAGGGUGCUUCGUACGAUCAGUUGGACGAAGUAGAUCCACUUCUUGAGCUCCAGAUGGCGGAAUUUCAGAGCGAGUUUCAGCAGGUUCCAAAGGCAUUGUUGUACGGAAUGCUGAUUCUUGCGCGAAAGAUACCCUCUGCGGCGCACGAGCUCCUAGAAGUCAUGGCAACUUCUAGAGCAGAUGAUGAUAUCACUCAGAUACGUCGCGUCGCACCACAAUACGCACCGCUCGACCUGAAAGAGAACACGCCUUUUGAACAGACGAGCUCAACAAAAGGCAGUACCUGGUUAGGGCCGAGUCGACCAUCCGCAGCCGUUCAAAACGCCGCAGCGACACAGAGCUUUGGUCAAGCCACGUCGGCUUGGAAGAAGAGCAAAUCUAACCGACUGUACGGUGGAGCGGCAGCUUACUAUGCAGAAGUUGGACGUGAACGAGCCAAUGCAGCGAGAGCCCUUCAAGCUGAAGAGGCAGAUGCUCUGGUGUUUCAACAGUCGUCUUCAAACGUGCUUGAUCUCCAUGGAGUAAGUGUCCAAGACGCCGUCCGUCUCGCUGGUAGUAAGACACAAGACUGGUGGGAUGGUCUUGGAGAUAGCAAGUACGUAUCUGGGGCGAAUCCGGCGAGGGCUGGCUUUAGGAUAGUGACGGGGGUUGGCAGUCAUAGCAAGAACCACGCUCCUCGAAUAGGACCUGCAGUGAGCAAGAUGUUGAUCAGGGAAGGUUGGAAGAUUGAAAUAGGUCAUGGUGAAUUGAUCGUGACCGGAAAGAGUCGUAAAUGAAUUGACGAAUAGACUUGGAAUGAUAUUUAUGCGGAUCAUAAUUGGCCCAAAAAAGGGAUCAUGAUUCAAUACUCCCAAGCUCUACACAAGAUACAUUGUCUGUAUGGAGUAUGUUUAUGACAUUGAGGAUGUCUUUGUGUUUGGUAGGUGUUUGAGGUAGAA